GCUUCUCGUUGAAAAACUGAAUACCUUUUCGUUUUUAGCUGGCGUCAGCACGGAACAUCCAGUUCCAUGGUCGGGGCCGCUCGCUGAGUUUGCUCCUAUGGUGUAUGGACGAUCGGCUUGAAGGAAGAAAGGAUGCUUCGCAGCAGAACGUUCCUGUUGGUCUUCCGUUGCUUAUUCGACCCUGAACGACAUUGAUCGCCCUGUGGCCAAGGGAGAGGAAUAUGGAAGAGGAGAGACGGGAUAAAAAGAUGGAAGAGUCUUCGUCGUCGUCCAAUCUCAGAGAACCUUUUAGAUUGUGCAAUGAAAUGCAAUUGCUGGAAUUCCCGGACAAGUACGUCAUAAGGCCAACGGAUUCUCAAUCCCUUCAGCCUUUCUGCAUCGGCCGCUCUGACGGAGUUAUUGGGCCCCUCGACGACUUGCCUAAUGGAGAUCCAUUGAAGAUUCAGACAAUCUUUGGUAUUGUUGGAACAAUUAGACUACUAGCUGGAACAUAUGUACUUGUAAUAACUUCAACAAAGCAAGUGGGGACAUAUUUUGGUCACCAUAUCUUCCAAGUGACAUCAUUGAAGUUCAUUUCUUGCAAUGAGGCUUUGAAGCUUUCAAGUUACCAAGAGAAAAGAGAUGAGGCUUACUUUACCACUUUGCUGAAAACGGUAGAAUUGACUCCAGGAUUAUAUUACUCAUAUGAAGUUGACCUGACAGUGAAUUUGCAAAGGAGAUACAGGUUAGCUGAAAAAAGUGUGUUCAAACCACUAUGGAAACAGGCUGAUCCACGUUAUGUCUGGAAUAAAAGUUUGAUGGAAGAUCUGAUUGAAGCUAAGCUUGAUGCAUUUAUCAUUCCCUUAGUCCAGGGAAGCUUCCAGCAUAUUGAAUUUACACCAAAAAAUUCCCCUAUCGUGAUUACUACAAUUUCAAGAAGAUGCACAAGACGUCUGGGUACAAGAAUGUGGAGAAGGGGAGCAAAUCUAGAAGGCGACACUGCUAACUUUGUAGAGACAGAACAAAUAGUACAAUUUGAUGGUUUGGUUGCUGCAUAUAUACAGAUUCGUGGGUCAAUUCCUCUUCUUUGGGAGCAGAUUGUAGAUCUGAGUUACAAGCCAAGGCUCAACAUAAUUAACCAUGUCGAAACAUCAAAAGUUGUGGAACACCAUUUUGUUGAUCUUGCACAAAGAUAUGGAUCAAUCUUGGUUAUUGACUUGACUGAUAAGAGUGGAGAUGAAGGUAAAUUGAGUGCUGCAUUUGCAACAGAGAUGGAAAAGCUUUCCCAUGUGAGGUAUGUUUCCUUUGAUUUCCAUGACAUCUGCCAGAAGGAAAAUUUUGACAACUUACAACUUCUAUAUGAUCAAGUUGCUGAAGACAUAGAGGAUCAAGGAUAUUUCUUAGCAACUUCAGGGAGGAAGAUUAUUGCAGAGCAGCAAGGUGUCGUCAGGACUAAUUGCAUUGAUUGUCUUGAUCGCACAAAUGUUACACAGUGCUUCAUAGCUGAAAAAAUUCUAAAGUUGCAGCUGCAAAGAAUGGGUGCACCUUUGUCAACAGAUAGCGAACAUAAUGAUAUGCUUGAAAAAUUCAAAAUAUCAUGGGUUGAACAGGGUGAUGAUAUUAGUCUGCAGUACUCCGGUUCACAUGCUCUAAAGCGUGAUGUGGUUAGAUAUGGAAAGCAAACUCUGCCUGGCUUGAUUAAUGAUGGAUUGAAUUCCUUGUCACGUUAUUAUUUAAACAAUUUUCGUGAUGGCGUCCGUCAGGAUGCUAUGGAUCUAGUCAGUGGCCAUUAUGUGGUCAGCCAAAGUGUUCCUUCUCCCUUCCAGCUGAAUGGGUUUGAAUCACUUUCGUAUCUACCGGUAGCAUCAGCCAUACUUAUCGGUGGUGUUACAUUGACAUCUAUUACACUUAAUCAAGCUGGACGAAAUGCACCACACUUCAUUUCUUCAGUAUUCUGGGCUGGAUUGACUGCUGGAGUGAUGGCUUUGGUUAAAGCCAAUGGGAGGCAGUUCUGUUCCAGGCCUCGGUUAUGUGGCCUGUUAUAGCAGCCCCAGUAUACAAAACCACAUUAUGUGCCCUGCAGAAACAUUUUUAUUGGUGAGGUUGCUUCAGCUGUGAGUCUACUUCUUUUUCUGCCAGGUGAGGCCUGGAGUGUUAUAGAACCGUUGUCACCACGUGUAACUGCUAUCUUUUCUAUAAAUUAGGUGAAGUACAAAGUAGAUACCAACACUAACAUUGUUUACUGAGAACUAGAAGCAAGCAUUAUCCCGAAAAAUAAGCAGCAGAUUUGAUUUUUCAGCAUUUUUUCUUGAAUUGCAUGGCUGUUAUUUUCUAUGAAUUGUAAAUCAAAAUGAAUUUAAUAAUUUUAGCACUACCCUAUUUUGGAUCUUUA